AUGCCGGAUUGCCAAAUCCCAACAACAACCAAACAUCCUCCUGUACUUCUCUGCGCUCGUGUGCUGGGAUACACUCUUAUAGAGGCUCCCACUACUGCUGGCAGAGAUCGUAUGGUAUAUACCAUCAACAGAAGUAGCAGUGACGAGAAUUUACUUGCGUUAAGCAACCACUACAUCCAGCGCUUGCUUCGCAUAUUCAAAAGUGUAAAAGGGAGAACCCUUGCUUCGUCGCAACAUUCAUCUCCUCCAGAUGUCGAUGAUGUGCCGGAGUUCUAUCAAAACCUUCUCCAACAGGCAUCCCUGAAUCAUUGCACGGCAAAGAAAGCGAUAAAAAUAGAUGAACUUGACGGUACUGGAAUUCAUCGAUUGGAGAACAUCCUCACAUUAUGCAGUGGCCUUCGUGACUACUUCGACAAGUUGGCUUUGUGGCUCCAAGCUGUGAACGACCAACCAAAUACAUAUGUCGUUGUGUCCACUUCCCCAGGGACACUGAGACGUCUUCCAAGUCGUGUUGUCACCUUCACUACGCCCAAUCCUCAAACUCUGCCUCUACCCAGCCCUGAAUAUCUAGCUAUUCAUGCUGCUUGUUGUCACAUCGCACAUAUGUCAGGUGCUGCUGAAUAUGUGGAAAAUGUUCUUCGGGAGGAAGAAGACUUACGUGAACGGGUCGAGCGCAUGGGUAUUCUUGCUGAAGAUGGCUCGUUGAUGGAGCUUUUCAGUCACUGUAUGACUGCUGCCAUCCGAGUACCUUGA